GUCAGCCCUGACGUAUUUUACCCAAUGUUUACUUUUUUAUUUACCACCAAAGUACAUGAAUGCAAAUUACGUUGAACCUUUGGCAAUCUCCAAUGGCAGGGCAACAGAAGCUUAAGAAUCCCCAAUAUUUCCCCACUAAAAGUCCACGAAGGAGAUAUGGUGAAGAAAAUGUUCGAAGACUCUUUUAUUCCGCCUCUUUUGUCGACUCGAACAACGUUAGUAAAAGAAUUGUAGAAGUUGAAGGUCUAAGAAACAGCAGCACCCAGACAAGUAAGACCCUGGUCUCGUUAAAUUUACCUUUGGAACCAGAUUUAAGCCCCAGGUUAUCUCCUGAUAGUUUAAGCCCUAAUACCGGUCGUUUGAUCAACGAUAAUGAAUUGGAUGAUUUACCUCAACCCAUGGCAGAACAACCACAUAUUAUCGAUAAAGAACUGACAUUUGUACGGAAGAAUUGUGUACUCAGGUACCUCCAAAGGAGCAAACAUGAGCAAGGGGAUAAUGAAGACAAAUUGCCCGCAGAUUCUUUGACCAAGUUGUUCCUAUGCAAGGCCAAGUCAAAAAAAGCUCCAGACAUUAUCCGCAACAGCUCCCCUAGAGUGACCAGAUCGAAUUUCUUGCAACAGACCUCUCCGCUUAGAAAUAUAAUGCCCGAUAUCCAAGAGAAUCAAUUUAAGAGCUACUCAUAUGCUGCAAUGCAUUCACCAAAAGAUACCUUACAAACCAUUAAGCACACUAAACCAAGGUUUAAAGUACAGAGAAUUGGGGAGAAGGUUCAGGCCCCAAGUGCUGUAAAACCGGUCAAAUAUUUUUGUGAAAAGGAACUCACGCUGAACCUAAGUAGUUCUAAAUCUUCCCCGAAAUCUAUUGUGAAAACCCACUCGUUUAUGUCACCAACUUUCUCUAGCGAGCAAAAGAACAAAAUGAGAGAAAUCGAAACUCUAAGCUGUUUGAUUUCGCCUACCCGAAGAGGCCGAAGUGCCAGCCCGAAACCUCAGUUAAACCUAAACCAACAUGUAGCAAGAAAGGUGCCUUAUAUAGAUAAGAGUUCUACUUCGACUUUACAAGGCCCCAUGACGGACCUGAAUCUAUGUUCUUCUAAACUCAAUAUGUCAAACUCCACGAUUUCUGAAAGUGGUAAAUAUGAGCCAAAACCUGAACUCGAAUUGGUCCAAUCAAUCAAUAAAAUGAAGAAUCUCGACUGGAACGUUUCACUUAGGGGCCUCGCUGAAAUCGUCGAAAUAUGUCGUACUACAGAGGCGGAUAUCGUUUACCCUCAUAUGACCGUUAUUAAUCAAAGAGUUAUAGAAAUGUUAAAGAGUCCUAGAUCUCACGUUUGCCGUACCACUUGUAAGGCUGUAGGACAUCUUUUCGAAUACCUUAAAGAUACUAGAAGACCCGAAUUUGAUGAGAUAGUCGACACUUUGUUAUAUAAAACAGCCGAUUCAAAUAAAUUUAUCAGACAAGAUGCCAAUUUGGCAUUGGAUUGUAUGGUGACCCAUAUACCUGCCCUAAACGCUGUUAGAUCCCUAUGUGCAAAAGGUCCAGAUCAUAAAAAUCACUUAGUAAGAAUCGCUACUGCAAGACUAGUAGUAUGUGCAGUAGUUAUCGCAGGAACUAACACGGUUUUAAACCCGAAUGCAGGCGAUUUUACUAGAAAACGAGUUAUUUUAAAUAUGGUGAAGUUCCUGAGCGAUAAGCAUUUAGAAGUAAGAAAGUAUGGACAGAGGCUUUACUAUUUGCUGAAUAGCGAUAGUAUGUUUGAAUUUUUCUUGCGAAGGUAUGUGGAAAAGGACACAAUUACGAAAAUGAAAACGUGCUUUAAGAGUUACCACCCAAAAGAAAACAACAGAUGAUGUAAAAGUAAGCAACUGGGAUAUUUUUUUGCAUCACCUAUAAGAACUAUGAUUUUUUAGGGGUCAGGGACCUUAGCAUGAUAGGAUCUACUUUUUGUAUUUUAAGAAAUAAAAUAUAUAUAUGUAUUUGUGAAGAA